UAUGAACACAUGCGACAAAUCCUUAAUACCUACUGUUGUUGAGGAAUUUGGACUAUCUAAAAUGGAAAAACUUAGUAUACCGACGCCAAUUAUGAAUCCAAAAGGUUCAUUGCCCUGCAUUCAACAAAAAAAACAGUUCUGUAACCAAAAGACAUUAGGAGGUGGAUCGCUUUUGGAAGUUCGGCAGGAUCAGUCAGAGUCCCUUGAACCAUUGGACUUGUCAACCAAAGCUGAAAAGUUUUGCACACUGAUGGCAAAGGAUUAUAUAAAGAACAUGGUUAAAUAUCCACCAAAUUCCAAAUCCGUCCUACCUCAGCAGGGCUUUGUAAGAUCUAAAAAACGAGAUAUCGAACAAUCUACCGAAACUGAAAUUAAUGCAGCAUCAAUAUUGGCAUCUUUUCAAAAUCAAACUCCAAAAUCACCUUUUGAAUCAGAUACCGAAAAAGAAGCAGCCGAGGCUCUGCUGUCACUUAGUGAGGGAGUAUCAAAUCGAAAAAUUGUGAAAUCUUCAAAGUAUCCAAAAAUGAAAAAAUUAGGCCCCUGUCCCAACUUAAAACCUCCAAUAAAGCCAAAGCAAGAUUCUGAUGAGUUACGUCGGGAAAUGGAAGACGUUAUGCAAUGCGGUGGACCCAGACCGAUGGACAGAUUACCUCUUCGGCCUUGGUUAAAAAAGGUGCUGGAUUUAAAUUGCGCUUCAGGGGUUCAGUGGAUGGAUAAAGAAAAUGGUAAAUUUAGAGUUAAGUGGAAACAUGCUGCCAGGCAGGGUUUUAGUGUCGACGGAGAUGCAGAACUUUUUAAACUUUGGGCUAUUCAUACGGGGAAAUAUAAUGAAAGUAAGGAUAAACCUGACCAUAAGAGAUGGAAAGCAAACUUUCGAUGUGCAAUAAACUCUGUUAGUGAUUUGGUCGAGAUUAAAGACGCAAUGCAUCGACAAGACGGUGAAACUUAUAAGGUUUUUCAGUUUUUACCAGAGAAAGCAAAAAAAUCCCUGUCUUGCAAACCUCCAAUUGAGCCAAAAUUGAAAAAGAUUAAGGUUGAAUGCCCAUCCCCAAGAAGACUAUCAAACUCAAAUUUACAGCCAGUUGCUACGUAUUCUUGA